CGGAGAUCUUCUUCAUUUGAACAUCAUCUGGAACGCCGAUUGGAGUUUCCCUGAGCAACCAUGGCGAGAAGAAAGGCAAUUCUGACUUCCCUCACGCUGGCAAACUCGCUCUAUUCGACUCGGUCUUGCUAUUCUCAGGUGACUCGGUUUUUGCCUUCUUCUCUUUCUCAUCAAUCCCGCUUUCCCCCUUUCACAACAAAUCAUCGUAUACUGUUUUUCUCAUCGAAGCCUCAUUCGCUUCUCGAGCUUGUUUUGGCCAACGAUUGGUCGGAAACUUUAGAAACAGAGUUAGAGACUUUAAACCCUACACUCACACACGAAACUAUGGUCUAUGUCUUGAAAAGACUCGAUAAAGAACCCCAAAAGGCCUCGGAUUUCUUCGACUGGGCCUGCGGGAAAAAUGGGUCUACUCAGAGUUCUCCGAUUUAUAGCAUUUUGCUUAGGAUUGUUGUUCAAAAUGAAUCGAUGAAGCAGUUUUGGAUUACGUUGAGAGUUAUGAAAGAACGGGGGUUUUACCUUGAUGAGGAAACUUAUUUGACCAUUUUGGGAGUCUUGAAGAGGGCAAAGAAGGCCGCUGAUGCCACGGCUUUGACUCAUUUUUACAAUCGGAUGCUGCAAGAAAAUGCCAUGGAUAGUGUGGUGCAGAAGGUGGUUAACAUUGUUUUACGGUCAGAGUGGAAUAAUGAUGUUGCUGAAAAACUUGAGGGGCUUGGCAUUGUAUUAUCAGAUAGCUUUGUAAUUAGAGUGUUGAAGGAACUUAGAAAUUUUCCAUUGAAAGGCUUGAGCUUUUUUCAUUGGGUUGGUUGUAGACCGGAUUAUGAUCACAACACAGUUACAUACAAUGCAAUUGCCAGGGUUUUGGGACGGGAUGACUCGAUUGAGGCGUUCUGGGGUUUGGUUGAAGAAAUGAAGAAUGCUGGUCAUGAGAUCGAUAUCGAUACUUACAUAAAGAUCUCUAGGCAGUUUCAGAGGAGCAAGAUGAUGGGUGAUGCUGUCAAGCUUUACGAGCUUAUGAUGGAUGGGCCUUACAAACCCUCAUUGCAGGAUUGCAGUGUGCUUUUGCGGAGCAUCUCUGCUAGUGAUAAUCCAGAUUUGAGCUUAGUGUUUAGAGUGGCCAAGAAAUUCGAGGCGACAGGGUACAGUCUCUCCAAAGCUGUUUACGAUGGAAUCCAUAGGUCAUUGACAAGUGCAGGAAAGUUCGAUGAAGCGGAGAAUAUUGUAAAGUCCAUGAGAAAUGCAGGGUAUGAACCUGACAAUGUUACAUACAGCCAAUUGGUAUUUGGACUUUGCAAGGCUAGGAGACUUGAGGAAGCCUGUGAAGUGCUGGAUGAGAUGGAAGCACAAGGAUGCGUUCCUGAUAUCAAGACUUGGACCAUUUUAAUUCAAGGACAUUGUACUGCCAACGAAGUCGACAAGGCAUUAGUUUGUUUUGCAAAGAUGAUAGAGAAGAAUUGUGAUCCCGACGCCGAUCUUUUGGAUGUUCUAAUUAGCGGUUUCCUUGGCCAGAAAAAGUUAGAUGGUGCUUACCAAUUGCUGAUUGAGUUGGUGAAUAAGGCUCAUUUAAGACCAUGGCAGGCAACAUACAAACAUCUAAUCGAAAAGCUCCUUGAAGUAAGGAAACUUGAGGAAGCUAUUUCUCUUCUUAGGUUAAUGAAGAAACAGAACUACCCACCUUUUCCUGAACCAUUUGUUCAAUAUAUCUCCAAGUUUGGUACAGUGGAGGAUGCUGCUGAAUUCUUGAAGGCUCUGAGCUCCAAAGAAUAUCCUUCCAUGUCUGCCUAUCUUCAUGUUUUUAAUUCAUUUUUCAACGAAGGUAGACAUUCUGAGGCCAAAGAUCUGCUCUUUAAAUGCCCACAUCACAUUCGAAAGCAUAGUGAAAUUUGUAAGCUCUUUGGAUCUGCAGAAAGCAAAAGCACUACUACUACUACUACUACUCAAUCUUCUCCCAAUCCAAUUGGAACUUAAUCAUCAGGAUUAACAACGCAUCGGAUGCAGUUUCAGUUAGGCCGACGAGGAUUAAGUCCACAGACUGGAGAAGUCCAAGUUCAUGAAUGCUUAUAUCUGCUCAUGUAGCUGUUCUGGUUUGCAAAAAACUAGCAGGCCUGCAGUUGGUGGAGGGAAAUAGUUGCCUCCUUGUCUUCGUCUUUUCGAUUCUUCCCAUCAGUUUGGACCAUUCACUCAUCAUAAUUUAUCUGCCUGCUGAUAUAUCUAAUUUCGUACCAUAUGACUUGUCUCUCUUCCCUUUUCUUUUGGUGCCUGUUCUUCUGUUUACAUUCUUUUUGUAAUCCAAUGUUGCCAUGUACGUGUGUUAUGAAUACUUCAUAUGCUCCUUAGCACAUGAUGUUAAUGUAUGCCCUGAUGCAAGUAUGCCCUGAUGCUUGUUUUAG